UGAUUAACGUGAUUAUGACAUUGACGCUACCUGCUUUUGCUAACGGUUAAGCUUAGUAUAGUUUUAUUUGUUAUCGUCAUAAAUAUUGAUAUUUUGUGAUAUGUUCCUUACCUGAAUACGAUUUCAAAUUAAUCUAAUUAUUCAAUAUGAGUGCACCCCUUCUUUUUGCUUGUUCACGAUGUUUUACUCGCCACCCAUUCGAGGAACUCUCUGCUGGUCAGAAUCUUUGUAAGGAAUGCAGAGGCUCUUUUCCAGUUGUGAAAUGCACAUAUUGUCGAUCUGAAUUCCAACAAUCAUCUAAGGGAAAUACUAGUACUAUUUGCAAAAAAUGUGAGCAUAAUGUGAAGUCUUAUGGAAAACCGUCUGCUUGUGAAUAUUGCAACAUCAUAGCUGCCUUCAUUGGAAAUAAAUGCCAAAGAUGUACUAAUUCAGAAUUAAAAUAUGGACCACCAGUUAACUGUGAACAGUGCAAGCAAAAAUGUGCUUUUGAUAGGCUUGAUGAUGACAAAAAGGUCGAUGGAAAGCUUUUAUGCUGGUUGUGCACAUUAUCAUUCAAGAGAGCUUUAGCAAAAACAAAACAGGGCAAUGCUGAAAGAAAGGCACAUCUCAAGAUGGUUAAUCACAGCAAGAGUAAAAGUAAAGAAAAACCUAGAUCAUCGCAUAAGAGACCACAAAGGGAAAGACUAGAUUUGGAGAAACUUAAAGCCAAUAUGGAGCAAGCUGAACAAGGUCCUUCACCUCCUAAAAUUGUUAAAAACAAUGCUGGGCUGCGUUUGGAUUUGGAUCCAAACAGUUCUGAUCAUGUAAUUGCAAUGACACAACUGAAAGAGAAAAUAGCAAGUCUUCAAAAACAAAUUUCAAUGAAAGAUGUACAACUUUUGAAUAAGGACAAAAUGAUCACUGAGCUAAAAGCGAAACAUUUUACUAGCGAGAAUGAAAUGAGAAAUAAGAUUCAAAAAACUAUGAAGGAACAUGAAGAAAAAAUCGAUUUUAUGAAUUCAAAAAUAUCAGGCUUGUUGAAAGAGGUAGCUUCUUUGUCUAAAACACAGAACAAGAAAAGAGUCGCUGUCUCUGGAUCAGCUGCAGCGGCCAUUCUAGCAACAGAAAAUUCAAAUAGCGGCAGUGGUACAGACAGCCCUGGUCUAACCUAAAUAUUCUGGUUUAUUUUAAUGCUUGUGGAAGGUGAGUAGAUACUUGACUUGAAGGAGCUGAAUUUGGGGAAACAGGCUAAUAUGUUCCAAAAUAUUGAAUUCAAACAGUUGAGCUUGGAUGCAUUGAAAUUUAUCAUGUAUGGUUGAAACUAAUUUGUGACUAUCAAUAGAAAUUAAAUAUUUCAACAUCGGA